CUUAGCAUUGCCCCAUUUUUUGUUGUUGUGGGAAAGCAGGUGGGGCAGGCAGGCGCAAUGGAUAGGGCGCGCACCCCUACAACUGGCUACACAAGCAACACAACCUCUUCGUCAAUGGUAGUAACUUGUGACAGUGAAAUCCGGGUAUGACUCCGCUCCAUUGUUAGCAGCCUGUCCACUUCCUCAACCCAUUACUGAACACCCAGAACAUGGAUAGCUCGGCUCCGGAAAAGCUGAUAGUCGUGAACCGCGACCCGGACGGCGUCGCAUGGGUCAUAAUAAACCGGCCCAAGUCCCUGAACUCCCUGACGAAGCCGAUGAUGGCGGAUCUAGCUCAAUCCAUCAAGUCUCUGGGCGCCGACGACUCGGUUCGGGUCAUCAUCCUUUCCGGGUCGGGCCGUGCGUUUUGCUCCGGUGUCGACUUGACGGCCGCCGAGGACGUUUUCAAGGGCGACGUGAAGGACGUGGAGGCAGACCCGGUGGCCCAGAUGGAGAUCUGCGCCAAGCCGAUCAUCGGUGCAAUCGGUGGAUUUGCCGUCACUGCUGGAUUUGAGAUCGCCCUCGCUUGUGAUAUCUUGGUUGCUUCUAAUGACGCUAAGUUCAUGGAUACUCAUGCAAGGUUUGGAAUAUUUCCUUCAUGGGGUCUAUCUCAGAAGCUUUCGCGGGCAAUAGGGGUGAACAAAGCUCGUGAAGUGUCACUAGCAGCAACACCAUUAACCGCUGACCAAGCAGAGAGACUGGGUUUGGUCAACCAUGUUGUCGAGAGUAGCGAACUCUUGAAAAAGGCCCGGCAGAUUGCAGAAGCUAUAAUCAAGAACAACCGGGACAUGGUGUUGAGGUACAAGGCGGUUAUAAAUGAUGGCUUCAAACUUGAUUUGGGACGUGCUCUUGCCCUUGAGAAGGAGAGAGCUCACGAGUAUUAUGAUGGGAUGACAAAGGAGCAGUUCAAGAAGAUGCAAGAAUUCAUAGCAGCCCGCAGCUCAAACAACCCUUCUUCCAAGCUGUAGAGUUCUACUCUAUUGUAAAACAAAGCUUUGGUCUGUACAUUCAAUCAAUCAAUCCAAUGUAUUGCUAAACAACAACUUAUGUGUUGAAGUUCAACAAGUGUAGAGAGAGAGAGAGAGAGAGACCUUAUUCCUCCCUAUAAAAUGUAUAUAGGCUGUAAUACAAUCUAUGAUGAUCCAUUACUUUUAAUUCCAAAGAUGACACCACUAUAGACAAUCACACACCACCAAUAGUCAUUGUGUGUGCAAUAAAGAUGGUUCUUCGACUGGAUAGGGCUAUUUAUAUCCCAAGGGUUUGUACUCCAUUUGUAUACCGCAUGGGUGCACCAA